AUGGGGACGGCGACGGCGACUCUCCACCUUUCUCGCGUACGCAUUGGGCGCCCUCAUCCCCCUUUCUUCUCUUCUCUAAUCCAUUCUCCUGCUGCUAUUCUCCUUCCUAGUUCUCCCUCUUUCUCCCGCAAAUACCCUCGCCUCUGCUUCCGCCUUGGCCACACCGCCAGCAGCUUCUUCCGCCGCUUCUCCGUUUCUGCUUCUUCCUCUUCUUCUCCUGGGUCGAGUAACUUCGCAGGAGAUAAUGGCGAAACAUAUGAUGUAAUUGUGGUUGGAGGAGGACAUGCAGGCUGUGAGGCAGCUCUUGCUUCUGCUAGACUAGGGGCUAGAACCCUCCUGCUCACUUUAAACUUAGAUCGGAUAGCAUGGCAGCCUUGCAAUCCAGCAGUGGGUGGACCUGCGAAGUCACAGCUGGUUCACGAAGUGGAUGCACUUGGCGGUGAAAUCGGUAAAAUUGCUGAUAGGUGCUAUUUACAGAAGCGCAUACUCAAUCUUUCGAGGGGUCCUGCUGUUCGUGCUUUGCGUGCACAAACUGACAAAAGAGAGUAUGCUAUGCUAAUGAAGCAAAUAGUAGAAAGGACUCCAAACCUUUCCAUUAGGGAGGCAAUGGUAACAGAUAUCUUACUGGGAAAGAAUGACAAUGUGGAAGGUGUCCGCACCUUUUUCGGGAUGAAUUUCUAUGCUGCUUCAGUUGUUCUUACAACUGGAACUUUCAUGAGUGGGAAAAUCUGGGUUGGCAGAACAUCUAUGCCUGCUGGAAGAGCUGGUGAGUCAGCUUCAGAAGGACUCACUGAGACCUUACAACGCCUUGGAUUUGAAACGGAACGUUUGAAAACUGGAACCCCAGCACGAGUAGACAUACGGACCGUUGACUUUUCUGGAUUGGAACCUCAGCGUGGUGAUGAGGAGGUCAGCUGGUUCAGUUUUGAUCCUGAAGUGCAUGUUGAGAGGGAACAGAUGUGUUGCUAUCUAACACGUACAACAAAAUUCACCCAUCAACUUAUUAAAGAUAACUUGCAUGAAACUCCGACUUAUGGAGGGUGGGUUGAAGCAAAGGGGCCUAGAUAUUGUCCUUCUAUUGAAGAUAAGAUCGUGAGGUUUCAAGACAAAGAGUCCCAUCAGAUUUUCCUUGAACCAGAGGGUCGAGAUGUGCCUGAGUUGUACGUACAGGGUUUCUCUACUGGUUUACCAGAGAGACUUCAGUUACCUCUCUUGAGAACUUUGCCUGGACUUGAAAACUGUUCAAUGUUAAGGCCUGCUUAUGCUGUUGAGUAUGACUAUCUACCAGCGCAUCAAUGCACAAGGUCUCUCAUGACAAAGAAGGUGGAAGGACUUUUCUUCUCUGGUCAGAUAAACGGAACAACUGGCUAUGAAGAGGCUGCAGCACAGGGGAUGAUUUCUGGCAUAAAUGCUGCAAGACAUUCAAAUGGAAAACCCAUCAUUGUUCUGGAGAGAGAAAGCAGUUAUAUUGGUACAUUGAUUGAUGAUCUGGUCACUAAGGAUCUUCGAGAGCCUUACCGCAUGCUGACGAGUCGCUCGGAGCACCGGUUACUUCUACGAUCUGAUAAUGCUGAUAGUCGUCUCACUCCUUUGGGGCGUGAAAUUGGGUUGAUAGAUGACAGAAGAUGGAAACUCUACCAGGAGAAACAAGCUCGAAUACAAGAGGAAAAGGAACGUCUAAAAACUGUCAGAGUAUCAGGAGGAGAUUUGGCUGCUGAUGUUACUCGUCUUUCUAGGCAGCCAGUGAAGGAUUAUUCCACACUGGAGAGUCUUCUGAAGAAGCCACAUAUCCAAUACGAAGUACUUGAUAAACAUGGCUUUGGGAAUACAGUCUUAUCCAGAGAGGAGAAAGACUGUGUAGAGAUCGAUGUGAAGUAUGAGGGUUUCAUCAUACGUCAACAAAUUCAGCUGCAGCAGAUGGCACAUAAACAAAAUAAACCAAUACCUGAGCACAUAGAUUACUAUGCAAUGACGACGUUGUCACUCGAGUCACGUGAAAAGCUCUCCAAGGUAAGACCACAGACAAUUGGUCAAGCAAGCAGAGUUGGAGGGGUAAGCCCUGCAGACAUAACUGCACUGCUCAUCAUCCUUGAAUCCAACAGGCGGAAAGCACAAGAUCGGAAGAGGAGUGAGAUGCUUUCUUCUGUUCUUACAGAUGCUAAUUCGGAGCGCCCCCAUGUCCCCUCGACUGAGCCAAUCAGUUUAUAA